UCAAGGUUUCUCGGGCGCAUUAGAUGAAAUCUUGGUUGAUACUUGCCAGUGCGCUGGUGUGUUGUUCGGAUGUAAGAGGUUUUGUUGUGAAUCCUAGCCGCUUUCCUUCCAUCAACUCCAGGACCCGGCUGUGCCCGGAGCAUUGUGCGAGCGGGGUGAAACUGUACAAGAUGAGGCAUCAUACGAGGAAGAACACUCGACCGAUCGUCGCUCAGACGUCCAAGGGAGACAUGCAGAACGAGCUUACAGUCGCUGAGAUCCAAGAGAAGCUCGUCACCUUCUCCAAGAUACGUCAGACGCUCAUGGCCUUUGUGGCGGCAACAGGAGCGGGAAUCCUUGCUUUCGGGAUUGAGCAGGGUGGGACUUACCUGAUCCUGGAGACAUUGAAGCGAUCGUUGGGGAUAGCGACCUUCGUCGAUCUUAUCGACUUCCUGACGAAAUGGGCGGCAGCGUCCAACUUUACUGGAGUCCUGGUGACAGCGGUGGCAGCCACGGUCUUGCAGAUCUUGCCGAUCUUCAACGGCAUCCUGCUAUCCAUGGGAAUCGGUUGCAUGUGGGGAGCAGUCAAAGGUGUGGCGAUCGCUUCCUUCGCCGCAACAACCUCAGCUGUCAUCUGCCUGCUGAUCUCAAGAUACGGUCUGCGCGAGAUGAUCGCCGGGAAGGAGCCUGCCCUGCUGACUGCUGUCGGAGAGAGCAUCGGGGCAUCUAACCAGAAGUCCCUGCUCGUCGUGUCCCUCUUCCGCCUGAGCCCUGUCAUCCCAUACUGCUGGUCAAACUACCUCCUCGGCCUCACCAAGGUGAGGCUCAUCCCCUACAUCCUCGGUACGAUGCUCGGGACUCUGCCCGCGCUGUCUGUGUUUGUUUCGGCCGGCAUGGUUGGCAAGAAGAUGUCAGAGGGUACCGCGUCUGCUCCGCCAGAGCUUGUCCUUCUCGGCAUCUUGGCUACCGUCGGAGUUCUUUCAAUCAUCGGCAAGAUCUCCCAACAGGAACUAGCAAAGAUUGCUUCCAAGGAGAAGGGCGACAUGGACAUGUAA